UCAGUCAGUCCAGUCAGCCGUCAUCCACGCAUUUAUCUAUAUUCCCUUUUUCUUAAAUUAGCCACUUUUAAGCUUCGCGAUACCGCCCCCAAUUUCAGCCUCGGUACGGAGCCGCCAGGCCGGGACAGAGACGGAGAGAGAGGCCUCGGCCAUGGAAGCAGUCGGACCCGGCCCGCCCGCCCCUCCUCCCUCUCUGUUUCAGCCUCCGCGGCGUCCCGGCCUCGGCACGGUGGGGAAACCCAUCCGGCUCCUUGCCAACCACUUCCAGGUGCAGAUUCCCAAGAUUGAUGUCUAUCACUAUGAUAUCGACAUCAAGCCUGAGAAACGGCCGCGGAGGGUCAACAGGGAAGUGGUGGACACCAUGGUGCGGCACUUCAAGAUGCAGAUCUUUGGAGACCGACAGCCUGGCUACGAUGGGAAGAGGAACAUGUACACAGCAAAUCCACUGCCUAUCGGGAGAGACAGGGUGGAUCUGGAGGUGACCCUGCCUGGUGAGGGGAAAGAUCAGACGUUCAAGGUGUCCCUGCAGUGGGUGUCCGUGGUCAGUCUCCAGAUGUUGCUCGAAGCUCUCUCGGGUCACCUUAACGAGGUCCCCGAGGACUCCGUUCAGGCUCUGGAUGUCAUCACGCGGCAUCUGCCUUCCAUGAGGUAUACUCCAGUGGGGCGUUCGUUUUUCUCCCCUCCGGAGGGCUACUACCAUCCUCUGGGUGGAGGGAGGGAGGUGUGGUUUGGUUUCCAUCAGUCCGUCCGUCCUGCCAUGUGGAACAUGAUGCUCAACAUCGAUGUGUCGGCCACUGCUUUCUACCGUGCUCAGCCUGUCAUAGAGUUCAUGUGCGAGGUGCUAGAUAUUCAGAACAUCAACGAACAAACCAAACCGCUGACUGACUCCCAGCGUGUCAAAUUCACUAAGGAAAUAAGAGGCUUAAAAGUUGAGGUCACACACUGCGGUCAGAUGAAGAGGAAAUAUCGUGUGUGUAAUGUCACGCGCCGACCUGCCAGCCACCAAACGUUCCCCUUACAGCUCGAGAACGGCCAAGCCAUGGAGUGCACAGUAGCUCAGUAUUUCAAGCAGAAGUACAAUCUGCAGCUCAAGUAUCCACAUUUGCCCUGUUUGCAAGUAGGACAGGAACAGAAGCACACCUAUCUUCCCUUGGAGGUGUGUAACAUAGUAGCAGGCCAGCGCUGUAUCAAGAAGCUAACAGACAACCAGACAUCCACCAUGAUCAAAGCUACGGCGCGCUCGGCCCCUGACAGACAAGAAGAGAUCAGCAGACUGGUCAAAAGCAACAGCAUGGUUGGGGGCCCGGACCCUUAUCUGAAGGAAUUUGGCAUUGUGGUGCACAAUGACAUGACAGAGGUGACGGGGCGUGUCCUCCCGGCACCCAUGCUACAGUAUGGGGGCCGAGUGAGUACAGACACCGGGAGGGACUGUGGCAGGGGACUCUCUCCGCAGAAUAAAACCGUGGCCACGCCCAAUCAGGGCGUUUGGGACAUGAGGGGGAAGCAGUUCUAUGCUGGCAUCGAAAUCAAGGUCUGGGCCGUGGCCUGCUUCGCUCCACAGAAACAAUGUCGAGAGGACCUGCUCAAGAGCUUCACUGACCAGCUACGAAAGAUCUCAAAGGACGCUGGGAUGCCCAUUCAGGGUCAGCCAUGUUUCUGUAAAUACGCCCAAGGAGCGGACAGCGUGGAGCCUAUGUUCAAACACCUCAAGAUGUCUUACGUAGGCCUGCAGCUGAUUGUGGUCAUCCUGCCUGGCAAAACACCUGUCUACGCUGAGGUGAAGCGGGUGGGAGACACCCUCCUCGGCAUGGCCACCCAGUGCGUACAGGUGAAGAACGUAGUGAAGACGUCCCCACAGACCCUCUCCAACCUCUGCCUCAAGAUCAACGCCAAGCUGGGCGGCAUCAACAACGUCCUGGUGCCUCAUCAGAGGCCAUCCGUGUUCCAGCAGCCUGUCAUCUUCCUGGGUGCAGACGUCACACAUCCUCCAGCAGGUGACGGGAAGAAGCCGUCCAUCGCAGCGGUGGUGGGCAGCAUGGAUGGUCACCCCAGCCGUUACUGCGCCACAGUGAGAGUCCAGACAUCUCGACAGGACAUGUCCCAGGUAAAUACGGAGCAACUCUUUAGCCAGGAGGUCAUUCAAGACUUGACCAACAUGGUGCGGGAGCUGCUCAUCCAGUUCUACAAGUCGACACGCUUCAAGCCCACACGCAUCAUCUAUUACCGUGGCGGCGUGUCGGAGGGACAAAUGAAACAGGUUGCAUGGCCGGAGCUGAUAGCCAUAAGGAAGGCAUGUAUCAGUCUGGAAGAGGAUUACAGGCCGGGUAUUACCUACAUUGUGGUUCAGAAACGCCACCACACUCGUCUUUUCUGCUCUGACAAAGCUGAGAGGGUCGGGAAGAGUGGUAACGUCCCAGCUGGCACAACAGUGGACAGCACCAUCACACAUCCGUCCGAGUUCGACUUCUACCUGUGCAGCCAUGCUGGGAUCCAGGGAACAAGUCGUCCCUCCCACUACCACGUCCUGUGGGAUGACAACUGUUUCACGGCCGAUGAACUGCAGCUCCUCACCUACCAGCUGUGCCACACCUACGUCCGCUGCACGCGCUCGGUCUCCAUCCCAGCACCGGCCUACUACGCCAGACUAGUGGCUUUCCGUGCCCGCUACCACCUGGUGGACAAAGACCAUGACAGUGCUGAAGGCAGCCAUGUAUCGGGCCAGAGUAACGGCCGGGACCCCCAGGCGUUGGCCAAGGCAGUUCAGAUCCAUUAUGAUACCCAGCACACCAUGUACUUCGCCUGAGCUAGCGAGCACGUCAGCCAGUCCACCUGCGGACUCCCUUCUGUCUUUUUAAUCUUUUUAUUUGCCAGUCUCUCUUUCUCUCUUCUUCUUCUCCCAUAUCUUUCUCUCCUUGUAGUCUGUCUCUUUCUCUUCAUACUCACUCUACAUUUUCUAAAUCUGCACCAAAGCGGCUCUUGGACAGGGGAAUCUGCUGUGUCCCAACGUCCAGCAGCUUUUAUUUCACGGAACAAGCUCCAACCAGCGUUCCCAACCGAGCCGUCGUUCUAACCAGCAAUCCAGCACUGCAAACCCAAAGGGUUUCCAAUGCACAGAAGAAAAAAAAACAAAAAAAAAAACAACGAAAAAACAAAAACAAACCAUACACACAUACUACAAGUUGAGCCAUUAUUUUGUGUUUGUUUUUGUUUUUUCUAUUUGAAUGUCUGCACUCUUGUGUUUUUAAAGAUACACUGAGCAAGGGAGUGGAUUGGCACAGUCUGUGUCAGCGCAGCUCUUUAGCUCUCCCAGCUAAGCAGGACUCUUAUCUACUUUUACCUCAAAGCCCUUUUGGGCAAAAUCUGUCACAAGGUCUUGGGUUUAUUGGGUGGCGGGGAGGGAACUCUACAUGAAGAGAUGGAGGGGAGUCGACCUUUUGAGAAUGAUAUAUAUAUUUUUUCCUUUUUAUGAGCGUGUGUUUUAACUUUUUCUCCUUCACGGUCUUUUACAAGCGAGGUGAUCUGGGUGUCCAUGCCCAUUACUACUUUCCUCCCAUUUUGGCAACGAAUACGCAAGUCUGUAUGCGUGUAAGCGUGUGUGUGUGUGUGUGUGUGUGCGUGUGUGUGCGCGCAUCUCUGUAUAUACGUACAUGUACUGCUGUUUGUGAGUGUGUUUGUGUGUGCAUGUGUGUGUUUCAUGGCAGGCCACUGAAUUGUAAAGGGAAAUCAAGGAGAUAACUGCUGUAAAUUCCUCAGAUUUGUUGUUUUUAUAUUCACACAUACAGUACAUAUAAACAUAUAUUUACAUCUAUAGAGCAACUUUGAGACAUAUGACUUAAACAGGCCUCACAGAGGCCGUUGUGGGUAUUUGUAGAAGUCCUGGGUCGCUUAUUAACUGAAGUGAUUUAAGUAGCAGUUUGAACGGUUAUGGUGGGAUUUGCACCUUUGGGAACUAGCUGUUUCUUUUUGUGCUUCAAGCGAUCAUUGAAUCCCAGGAAGUAAAAAGUAACUUAAUCCAUUUCAGGUAGUAAGUGAAGCCAGGUCUGACGUGUAGCAGUAGCAACCGUGGUCUGGCCUGUGACUGGCUCAGCAUUGGGACCUGUUGAAUGGCUGACGGCAUUAAACACAGAGUUUGGUCUUAUCCACCUCGCUUUCUGUGUGAAAAGCAGGAUCUUAUUUUUCUUUGGACCUGAUUAUCUGAAAGAUUAUAUGAGAACACUGUUAGACAUUGCUUUUCCUUUUUUUUUCUUCUUCUUCUUGUUUUAAGUAGUUUUAAAGUAGUUUCAAGGUCCGGAAACCAACGUAGUUUUUUUUGUUUUGUUUUUUUGUGAGGUCUCCUUUGCUAAUACUGGCCAAUUCAUUGCACUGACCCGGGACGCUAGGCAAGCAACAGAGGGCACUCUCAAUCUCUCUUUACCUGUAUGCAUUUAUACAUACGAAUCAACAAAGCAGAUUUGUAAAAGUUUAAUAUAAGAUGUUUUGUGGUUAUCUUAAAAAAACUGUUUAGAAUUAGUAGUUUACCAUUGAUGUUGUUGUUGUUAUUGUUGUUGUCAAUGUUGUUACUAUUGUGAUGAAAUUUUAAGGUUGGCAGCAAAGCCAGUUAUAUAGUUACUAGUGCGACUUCAGGAAAUAGAUUAAGUUGUUGAGCUGCAGGUUUAAAGGGGGUAGAGCUUUGGGUUGGAAAUUUUUUGUAGCAUUUUGGCUAAUGGUGAGAAGACUUAAGCCCAAGGAUGGAUGAAUUAAUGCUUCCCCUGUUGGUUCUGAUCUGAGUUAAAGGUUAGAGGGAGAUUCGAGGUAUUGUGUAGCACUCCCGACUGGUUUAAAAACAGAUCUACAGCUGUGCAUCACUCAGCUGGUGUCGGUUUGUUGUGAUUAGAUAGAUGGAGACAAUCGGGGAUUUGUAAUCAGCGUGAACCUAGAUUGAGGUAUUUGUUUAAAAACGGUUUGCGAUAGGCAAUGAGUUGAAUUUUUAGACUUUUUAAAAAUGGUUUCUAUUACUCUGUGUGUAUUUGAAGUAUACCCAUCUUAAAGUCUCUAUUUAACAGUGUUUUUUCCUAUUUUUUAUGCAUUUUUAACACUGGAUUAAAUGAAUUGACAAUAAGCAUAAGCACUGCCCUGGGACCCCUGUGUACAAACACUCAGCAAACUGUUACCAUGGACACCGCAGUAACACCACCAGAAGUGCUGUGGUGACAGUUGCACAAGUGGUGCCCCCUGGUGUUGUGAUUGGAGAGUGAUGAUGCAGGACGGAGGGAGGGUUUGGAGAAACAGUCGACGUGCACGCCUCAUCAGGGGGGGCAGCUCAGUGAAAACCCUUUUGUAAUAAACCACCCGUAAAGCAGCAGGUUUACUAUGAAUGAGUUUGAGCACCUACCUGAUGAAGGCGUGGGCGUUGGCCAAGAGCGGAGAGGCAGGUAUCGGAGUGGAGAGGAGUGGGGCGGGUGGGUGGGGGUAUUGGGAGGGUGUUGUCCAGGCAUUGCAUGCAAUAAGUUUCACUCCUCGUUUAAAGGGGGGCAGAUCACGUGCACUAGUCUGACCGAGCCAAGCGGGCUGUGAUUGAAUACUCAUCUGGCAUCUCUUAAUGGGGGGGAGGGAAUGAUUUGAUGUUUUAAAUCUUUUAUUUGAUCAUUAAACUCCAAUCAGAUAAAUGAUCACCCCCUCCUGUUUUUAACAUGACACCGCAAAGCAAUAUUAACCCAGUUCCAGUUUUCAAAUGUGGAAAUACAAAGCUAUAAUUCUACUCAUUGUGGUUGUUGGUCUACUCUCGCUAUUGUGUCUGUACUUUUUAUUUUUUUAAUUAUUUUUUUUGUUUAUUUCAUUUGCUUGUAUCAAUCAGUGGGAAUGUGCAUUUGGUGGAAUAGUUAUGUAGGCUUUAGACCAUUUUCUUUUGAGUAACAAAAUGUAGACUUUGCUCGCCUGCAUGCCAGAGUAUUGUCCUUUUUAAAAAGAAAAAAAAGAAAAAAACAUUUUGGAAUCAUAUUUAUUAUGAGAAAGGAAAAAAAUAUAAAUGCUUUUUUUUUUUUUUUUUUUGGGUAAAUGUUUAUCAAUUUAGUGGGACUGUUUUUUUAGGCUAGCAAUAUGUCCAGUCUCUCUAAGGUGUAUUUUAAAGAUUCCUACACAAAUGUCAGUAAUUUGGGAGGUACAAGCUGUUUCCUGAGGAGAGGGGGGUCCACUCUUUGCGUCGUGUUCAAAUUCAAACGAGGUACUUUCUUCAAACAUGGACCCGUUAAAGAACUGAACCCCUCUCCUCAUUUUGCGAGGUUACUCAAGCGAGCAUCUAUUUUUUUUUUUUUUUGUCUCCUCGUUCCUGAUUUGUACCUGUGGCCACGCCUCUUGAGGGGGGCUCUCCUGUCUCCAUGACAACUCUGCUGGCCCCUCGCAAAUGCACUUCCUCUUUGUGAAGGGGUCCCCAUGGCAUCUACGGAGCAGGAUUACCUCUUUUUAACCUUUUUAAAAUGAAAAAAAAAUCCAUAAUUCUUUCUGUGCCCCGAUAGAAAGAGAGCAUGAAUUAUUUUUAAAUUCCUCUCACUUUGAUAUAUUGUUAUAUCUUAACGGAUUUGUAAUUUGACAUUGUGUAUUGUGUAUUUUUAUUUUGUUUUCCCUCUCUUCGGUUCCUUUUUUGGGGGUUGUUCUAGCUCUGCUCUGUUUUUAUUUUAUUUUUUUGUCUGCUAGUGGUCUCUGAAGCUGUGUGUGAUUGUCUAAUAGCAAUAGAUUCACAGAAUUGGAGCGUUCCAACUCUGUGAAUGAACGGAUCCCUUUCUGACAGGUUGUAAAGGGGCGGGGUAUUUCAGGCCCCACCCCCACCCCCGCAGAGGGCCAUUCACUCGCUGUUAUUGCUAUUAUGUGACCUGUUCAAAUACUUUUUUUUUUUUUUUUUUUUAGCCUGCAGGGAAUUCUUGUGUUAAUGUGCAAAGUAAUAAAUUGGUA